AUGGCUUCUACCGAACUGAGCCUGAAAAGGACUUUAACAGAUAUUCUGGAAGACGAGCUGUACCAUACUAGUCCGGCACAUAAUCAAUUUCCGGGUCACUAUCAAAACUAUCAUCCAAAUUCCAGCAUCACUCCAUACAAAUUGGUGAACAACAGCAAGGAAAGUAAUGGCUUUACGUGGAAUCAUUCGUACCAACAGCAGAACGAGUCUAGUGCACCUUCUAUACCUCCACAACAAACUUACCAUUUUCCAAUCUUCAACAAAUAUGCAGAUCCCACUUUGACUACCACUACUUCAUUCACAAGUGGCGAGGCAACGACAAACGAUAGACAGAUCAAUAACGUGCAUCUCAUACCGAAUGAAGCGAAAACCGCCGCCGAAACUCCACUGCAAAAGACUGUUAACCUAAAGAACGUAAUGAAAGUAUCAGAUCCCUAUGUGCCGACAAGAAAUAUAUUCAAUUACGAUGUCAAGAUUUCUAACGAUUUUUUCGACAAUGGGGAUAAUCUGUAUGGCAACGACGAAGAAGUGCUCUUCUAUGAAGAUAACUAUAAUCCAAAGAUGCAGUGGUCUCUUCAGGACAAUAGCGCCGCAAUAAAUAAUGAAGACGCAAGAGCCAUCUUUAACAAUGAGUUUGACUCUGAUGAUGAUGAUAUUAGUGAUGAUGAAGAAGAUGAAAUCGAAGAGGAAGAAGGUUUGCAACAACAACAGCAACAACAACAGGAAACUCUACUACCUUUAGAUGAUGUGCCGACGUCGAUAUUUUGCACCGACCAGAAAAUGGGUCGCACUAAAAGCACUGGUCAUUUAUUCAAUGAAUACAGUUACGUGGACUCUAAUAUAGAUGGCAUGACCACUGUUAUGUCUGAAAAUGUGCUAGAUAAACAGGGACAUGGGAACGACGAGGAGGAGGAGGAAAACGAGGAGGAAGACAAUGAUCUUGAUGAAGACGAUAUAUAUGAUAUUUCCCUUUUGAAGAACAGAAGAAAACAAAGUUUUGUCCUCAACAAGAAUACCAUUGAUUUUGAAAGAUUUUCAUCUCCAUCAACCUCGACAAGUAUACCGUCUAAUGCCACCAAAAGGAAGCUAACAAAGUCGUCCACUAAUCGUAGCGCCAUCAACAGCAAUAACGAAAACAGUAUAGUGGAAAGAAUCAAAAAACCGACUUCAAUUGUAUCGAAUUCUAACACUAAUAGGCGGAAGUUAAUCAACUAUACCAAGAAACAUCUAUCUUCACAUUCUUCACCGUCCAAUUCGAACUCAAAAUCCACAACGACAUCAUCAUCAUCGGCACACGCUUCAUCUUCUGAUGGUACUAGCGAAAUAUUCUCCUGUCAGAUCAUGAAUCUCAUCACUAAUGAACCAUGCGGUGCCCAAUUUUCAAGAUCCUAUGAUUUAACAAGGCAUCAAAAUACUAUUCAUGCCAAAAGAAAGAUCGUCUUCCGUUGCUCUGAAUGUAUAAAAAUUCUUGGUUCCGAAGGUUACCAGAAAACAUUCUCGAGGUUGGAUGCUUUAACAAGGCAUAUAAAAUCAAAGCAUGAAGAUUUAUCACUAGAACAACGUCAGGAAGUUACUAAAUUUGCAAAGGCUAAUAUUGGUUAUGUUAUGGGUUAG